CUGAGCACCAGCUGAGCACAUCCACAACCAGAGACACAGAGACUGCAACACAACCUGCUCUUAACUCUCAUCAUGAAGGCCACACUUGCCACCGUCGCUCUCCUCGUCCUGGCUUUCGGCUGGACCUCUGAGGCUGUACAAGUUGAAGAGAAUGGAUUUUCCUUCUCACUGGAGGCCGUUAGGAGGCUUCAGGAACUGACAGCGGGAAGCUUUGGGACCGCACAACAAAACCCACGAUUCAGGUCGAGCGCCGUGCCCCUCUGUGCUGACCCCAUGCUGCCCCAGGAGCUGCUGCCCCUCUGUAAGCAGAGAGGAGCCUCCUCAUCUCUCUCCAGAUUAGCUGCGGUUCCUAUGGACAUCUGUGAGAUCUGUGCUUUCGCCGCCUGCACUGGCUGCUAAACAAACACAGCAAGCCAGAAACGUCGAGCCCCACUGAAGCCUUGUGAUUUAUUUUCAUUCUACUGAUAAUACCUGCACUGAUAAGAAAAUAUCAUUAUCCCUGAAUUUCUGGCUCUCAUUUGGCACAUGCUACACUUUGGAAUCAUUGUUAAACCAAACAUGACCCAAAAAAAGAAAAAAAUUGACAAAGUGACGAACGUCGUUUUCAAACUGUUACUUUACUAAUGUACUUUCAUUUUUCUGCCACCAGCUCUUUAUCCUGCAUUUUAUUUUGGAUUUUUUUUAUUGUUUGUUACAUUUCUAUCAUGCCUUGCUUUUUGUAUAUUUAAAGAGAUGUUUUCUUUUUUCAUUUUUCUGCUUUUUUAU